AUGGCGAAUAACUCUGGCUCCAAUGCGCUCGCUCGAGCCCUAUACAGGGGUGUUUUUAGACGAAAUUCGAUAUUUUUGUGCGGUGUAUUUGCGGCAGCGUUUGCCUUUGAAAUAGCUUUCGACGUUACGUCCGAUAGAAUAUUCGAUCGGGUGAACCGAGGGAGACAAUGGAAAGACAUUAAAGACAAAUAUGCGUCAGUGUAA